AGCUUCAGUGCACUACAGGCGACUGUCCAGUCCAGAACAUUGAAUUUGAAUACAGCAGAAUAUUUGAAAUAUUUACUUAAGACAUGAGGACCUACGUUGCAUCUGUAAUCAUAGUGCUAUGUUGUGUUCUUGAAACAACUACAGCCACCGGCCUAGGAGGCUUUUUCGCCGCCCGCAAAAAGGCUGGUAGGAGGGGGAACGUUGGUGUACGUUAUGCAAUGGGAGACCAUCAACAAGAGUGCACGCCUGGUUCCAAGUACAAAUAUGCAAACUCAUCCUGCAAUUAUUUAGUGUGCAAGGAAAAUAGAUACGAGCUUGCCCACUGUGAAGAUGGAAAAGGUGUGACCGAAAGUUUUAGAAGAAUAGAUACUUCCAUGCGAUAUCCCUGUUCCCGCUUUGAUGUAGAAUGUAGAAAAACAUUAGAAGAAAAGGGCGUGGUCGAAACAAACGUCCAAGUGUGUGGUCUUGAUUUAGUCUUUAUAAUUGACAUGUCAAAAUCAAUUAGCGAUGUUGACAAGAUGAAAGUAAGAUCCUUUGUAUUACAAAUUAUAAGAAGUCUUAAGCUCGGCUCUGCAUUUACACUGGUGGCAGGAUCAACGUAUGGAGCUGAAGUCCACAAUUUUCUUAAACUUUCAUCAUACAAUAGGGGAACAGAGAUGGUGAGGGCCGCUUCGAAUAUGGAAAUGAAUCCGAAAAGAGGAACAGCUACGUGGCUUGCCUUGCAGGAGGCCAGAGAAAUACUUUUAUCUAUUAAAGGUGGUCGGAGAAAGGGUAAAAAGGCUGUCGUAAUUGUCGCUAGUGAUGGGGUUUCUCAUCCACAUUCCAUGUCAAAAGAAACAAUUGAGCAAGCAGAGCUAUUGAAAAAGCCUAAGAGUUACGAUCCAGAGACAGGUGCACCUACCGUCUUUCUUCUUGACCUUCCCAACAAUAAAGAACAGCUUGGCGAAGAUGAGAGCGGUAAAAAGCUGCCAAAGGCCGAAUUGGAUAAACUCAAGGAAUUAAAAGAUAAAGAAUUUGCAGCGAUACCAUCAAAGCCAGAAUAUCGUUACAAUCCCGAAUCUUUCGAUGACCUCGAAAAAUUCAUAAUUCCUAUACUCAGAAAAUCAUGCGAAGAUUUAUGAGCAGACGUUGUUGUUUCACCUUUAUCUAUACCUUUGUAAAAAAACAAUAAAUUGCAACAUCCGAAACUAAUUCGACAUCUUUGAAAAGCACCUCCUCUCUAAAAUACAAAUCGUUUCUAAUGCUUGUAAUUGUA